CCUGGAGACAGGGAUAAGGGUUGGGGAGAAGAGGGCCAGCUGAUGUUGGGAUUCAACCCCAACCCGCUUUUUGCUGUUAUACCCACAGGCUAUUACCGCCCUAGCCCCACAGCUGAGUAUACUGAGGAUAGCCCUGGAGGGAAUUUUGACUUCUUCUCACGCCUGGUGAGCUCCUGGGAAGCUGCAGCUGUCAUCCCUGAUGGUCCAACUCGUGGUGUUCUGGUGAGAUCUGGUGUAGUUCUGGGCCGAGGUGGUGGCGCAAUCUCUCAGAUGCUCUGGCCAUUCUGGCUAGGACUGGGAAGCCCCAUAGGGUCUGGGCACCAGCCAUUCCCGUGGAUCCACAUUCAGGACCUGGCUGGGAUCAUAUGUCAUGCCCUGGAGAAUGAGUGCCUGCAAGGGGUCUUUAAUGGUGUCUCCCCUUCUUCUCCUGAAACCUCCAACAGCACCUUCACUCAGGAGUUUGCUGCAGCCCUGGGACGCCCAGCCCUACUGCCAGUGCCUGCCUGGGCCAUGCGAGCUGUCUUUGGGGUCGAGCGGGCUGUUAUGUUGUUGGAGGGCCAGAAAGUGGUACCAAAGCGCACCCUGGAGAGCGGCUACCAUUUCAUCUUUCCUGACCUUUCUGCAGCUUUGAAGGACAUUGUGGCUUGAGCAUUCCUUGUUCAGGCUGUUUAGGGCCUUGUUUUUGUGGUUCCCUGGCUCAUAUACCUUUCCUUGGGUGAAAGAGGGUGUCUUUUCCUGUUCUGUCUUCUUUUGUGCAUCUCCAGCUUAGGAGACAUCCUUCCUAUUUCCAACUGCAAUCUCCACAUCACCUGCUUUUGGUGAAGGGCACGGACCUCUUUAAGGAUUAUGACUGCUGAAUCUGCCAUCUCUUUUCCACAGCAUGUAUGAGAGCUGCUCACAGAGCACCUUGGGGGAAGGAUGUCUCUGCCCCCUGCAAAAGAGGUAUGGUAGCAGGGAAGAUUUUCAGGUGUUGUAAUUCUUCUCUAUGUUACUGGAAGUCC